AUGAGCUCCAGCAACCAGCUCCCACCCCUCUUCGACCACCUCGACCUCGACGAGACGCCCACCCUCGGAAUGAGACGCGCCCUAAUGGAGGUGUUUUUUAGACACCACGGGCGCUUUAACAAGGAGAUGAUGACCGCCGCCAGAGAGAAGGCGGAGGAGUAUAUGUGCCUCGCCAUCUACGGCAAGAAGAAGAAGAUGAUCAGCGAGGAAUACUUCGAGUAUUGGGUCGACAUUACCAUCUGGAAUAACUGGUCAACAUGGAACGACCUGGGACCCCAUGCAACGCCACUCCCUGAGUGGCCAUGGCUUAAGGCGAAGCCGCUUCCCUUUGACAUGGCCAAGGGGAUUUCGGACACCUAUGCUCUGUGGUUCCUGAGCCACCCUCCUUUUGAUGAGCCCAGCGACAAGGAUGAGAAGGCGGCCGCAAAGGCUCCCGCUGCCGGAUCCAGUGAGCAGCCCCCCGCUGCUGCCAACGACAAGCCCGAGCCCGAGUCCGACGCUGCCGAGCCCUAG